AUGUCUUCUCAAAAGCCUAACUUUGAGAUAGAAGAUGCUUCGACUGAGGAUCUCAGCCUAACCAAAAGGUUAAGCAAACAUAGCUCCGAUUCCAGUGCGAGCAGUGAAUUGUUUAAUCGGGAGGUAGACUCUGACGAUAAAGUUAGCCGUGACAGCAGAAAUAGUGGCGAGAGUAGCGGCAGCAGGUACAUCGCGGACAACAAUUCAAAGGCUGAUUAUGGGCCAGUACUUAGACCCGUAACAUUCGACACUGCCAAGACGUCUUACGAUGGGACAGGGUUCUCCGACACAGUGGCUCCAGAGGGAAAAUCGAAUGGAAAAGUUGCUGCGGAGGUUCAAUCGCCACUGCAUAUGGCACUGCGAUCGGUUUUUGGUCGUGUCGACCGCGGGCAAUUUGAAGACUACCUCAAGCAACCAGACUACCUUCGGAUCUAUAAAAGACAAACCAAGAUUAAACAACUUAGGCGCUUGUUUUUGGCCCAGGAGCUAGUGACUGGAGGGGAUUCCAGUAUCACAACGGGAACUUCGUACUCUACCCAAAGCAGCUCCGAAAAGAACGCCCGUGCUAUCUGGGCGACCAAAUUUAGUCGGGACGGCAAAUUUUUGGCGACUGGCGGUAAAGACUGUGCAUUGCGAAUUUGGAAGGUUAUUGCAUCACCGUUGGAACGUAACGAUUUGCAAGUUGCAACGGCAACACCACAGGCAAAACAGAUUUCCUUUCGCAAACCGCCGGGAAAUUCAACGGGCAGAGGAGCGAAUGAUGCAGACAUCACACAAUCCCGAGCCAUGAGCUUAUAUGCGCCUGUUUUCCAUCCACGCCCUUAUCGCACUUAUCAGGAGCACACCCAAGAUAUUUUGGACUUGGAUUGGUCGAAGAACGGUUUUAUUUUAACAACGUCGAUGGAUAAGACAGCUCGGCUGUGGCAUCUGGACCGACCUACAGCAAUCAAAAAAUUCACACACCCAGACUUUGUGACUUGUGCCAAGUUCCAUCCAACUGAUGAUCGCUUUUUCUUGAGUGGAUGUUUGGAUCACACAUGCAGAUUGUGGUCGAUUUUAGAUCACAAAGUUUCGUUUGAAUACUCUUGCGGUGAUAUCAUAACUGCUAUUGAUAUCUCCUUGAGUGAUGGGAAAUAUACAGCAAUUGGUACUUUCAAUGGUGAAGUCUCGAUUCUCUACACAAAAGGGCUCGAAUUAGUGACCUCGUUCAAUGUACAGGACGCGUCUAGAGAUACUGCGAAAAAGAAGCAUACGAACGGUCCAAAAAUAACGGGGAUCGAGUUUUUCACAUCGGAAACAGAUCACGAUCUCAGGAUUCUAAUUACUUCCAAUGAUUCCCGGAUACGCGUCUUCAGCAUAAAAGAAAGGCGUUUGCUGGAGGUUUUGAAAGGCUUUGAGAACACAAACUCUCAAAUCAGCGCACACCUAAUGAAGACAAGCAGACAAAAAAUGCUCGUGUUAGCUCCGAGCGAAAACGAAUGGGUUUACUGUUGGAAGCUACAAUCUAAUUCGCUACCAUCGAAGUCACCCGAUUAUCUCGAAGUAGAGCCAAACCCACACUCGGGCUCACUGAGGGGUUUACUUCGAAGAAGCCUAAGUAUAGGCAGCAAUCACUCCUCAAAUAGCGGGCGAGGGAAAUACUCUUACGGUUCCGGGCCACAGAUGUGCCCUACGAGGGGUAAAACUGAUCACCCCAUCAAGAAUUCUCGUUACGUUGCAUUUCACGCCCACCAUCACACUGUGACUACUAUUGAGGUGGGCCCCUUAAACACGUCAAAAACACUAGCUUUAUCUGACGAUUUAAUUUGCGAACUUACUAUGGCUCUUAGCGAAAGUGAUGAAGAUUUCGCCAUCAUGCGAGAGCAAGCCGAUAAAUCACGCCAAGCACCAAAAAAGCAACAGCGCCAAAGGGCGCAAGAGCUAAUUGAGCAGCGUUUCCCGUCAAUGAUCGAGGCUAUUGGUUCUAUCAUUGUUACCACAGAUAGCUCUGGCGUGAUUCGAGUAUUCCGCUCGGACAUAUCCACAAACUUACGUAAAAAGGUCUUGAAGUGCUCAGCUGAGCAUUUCCACGGCACGCCAAACAACCCUAUCGAGGCGUACAGCAGCUCUCCGCACAACCAUGGAAGUUUACUGUCUUCCACCAUGAAAGUUGCCCACUCGACAUUGGCAAAAUCCAGACAUAUCGGCAGUUCUACAUCGUUGAAGAGUUUGUCGCCGAAUACUGAAAGUGCUGUUGAACCACCAGUGAAAUCCAGGUAUCCAUAG